AUGAGGCGUCGUUGGGCGGCCCAGUCAGCCCUGCGCCAAGCCACGGAGCACAGCAAUGCAUCCGAGGACCGAGUUUCCGAAGCACCGAGUUCGGACCUCGCCCAGAGGUUUGAAGUUGUAGACCUUACAGGCCCCAAUGACCUGCACAGUUACUUCCCACGUUGUCGUGGGGACCCCGCAUCUAGCUCAUCUGAGGGUGCAGGUCGCACUGCUCUGGCACUGGCACCUCAGAGCAAAGCAGCACCGCCAGGUUACCCACGCUGCCCAUCUGUCGCAGACUUAGCAAGACCGCCGCAGCGAGUCAUGCACAGCACCCCGCGCAGGGCACUCUUCCCUGCAAGCACCCCUGAAUCACCUCUGCCCAUUCCCCCGCAUGGUGAAGCGAUCUCGCUCGAUUUCGCCACCCGCUAUGGUGGUCUAACUGAACCAGACCGCCUUGCACUGCUGCGCAGCUUGGUCCGGGCACCCCCUUUGCAGCCCUGCACAUCGAGUGAUCCAGUCUCACCACCUGUGAUCACACUGUAG